AUGCCUCCUAAAGCGAUUAAGCGUAAGCGGGAAGAGAGCUCUUCUUCUUCUUCUUCUUUCAGUAGUAGCAGUUCGAGUAGUAGUGUUAACUUUGCUGAUGAAUCGGAAGUGUCCUUCAUUUCGAUCUCCAGUAUUCCUUCGAAUGAGUCAGAUGUGACGGAAACUCAGAGAUUUUUGGCAGAUGUUGAUCCUUACGCAGUUGAUUAUAUUGUGAGAGAACCUGAUCCUGAAAUUGGUAAUCGCAGUGGCGUAGCAGAUGUUGAGAGUGUGCACAGCGGCAACUCCAGUGCAGGUUUCGAGAAAUCAGCGGAAAUGUUCGAUUGUUUUCAAGAAGACGGGAAACGUUAUAAAGUGAUCUCUACGACUGAUACUGAGAGUUUUACGACCUUGAUAUCUACUCCCAGCGAAACAUGUGAUGACGAAGAUGAAUGUGCGUCGUGUUCAACUGGUCCUUUACCUAACACAGCGGAGAGAUUAGCUAAUCUGGCGGAUGUGAAUGUUGAAGUUGAGUCAGAUCGCAGUUCGGAAUUUGAAGAGCAACCCAUGGUGUAUCACGAGAAAACUCCUCCAAAACGUGACGAUAAAGAGAGCGGAACCGAUAUCUUAAAACUCAGUAUUUAUUCGCUCAUCCUGAUUCGAUUGAGAGUCUAA